AUGGCGCCCGCAAGGCUGGCGGAACGGAAUGUGAGGCCUGCGCGAGCUGGAAGUGAGGUUGACGACGAUGUGGUAGACUUUGACGGCUUUGCGAGUGCGAGCGAGGAUGAGAGAAGUGAAGGUUCGGAAGACGAUGUCGCUGCUGGGAAUGAUCAGGGAGACGACGAAGUGCUGUCUGGGGACGAUGUGGAUGCAGAGGCGCAGAUUAGCAGCGUGUCUUUCGGAGCUCUGAAGAAGGCUCAGGAUGCUAUUGUGAAGAAGCGCAAACGAGGCUCGGACACCACAGCUGAGCAGGACGAGAAGCUCGAGGCUCUUAGAGCAAGGUUGAGGCAGAUGAAGCAAUCGAAGGAACGCAGUACUCCAUCGCACCCGGACCAGCAGUCUUCGAAGAAGAGGAAGUCAACAACCGCCGCCACCAACAUGACCACUUCGCAAGAUGUAAACAGCGACUCAGAUUCAGCCCCAUCUGAGGUCGGAGCCACGAAGUCUCGAUCGUCGAAGCAUGCACCCGUCUCCAAAUCUUCUCGCUACCAAGUCACCCGCAAGCGGAAUGUGGUCGAUGUCCCCAAGCGUGUCACUCGCGACCCUCGUUUUGACGCCUUCAACCAGAAUUCGUCGGACCCUGGAAAUGCUGCAAAGGCGUACAGCUUCCUCCGAGACUACCAGAAGGACGAAAUCGCCGAACUCAAAGCAGCCGUCAAGCAGGCAAAGACCGAGGAGGACAAGGAGACUCUGAAGCGCAAGCUCAUCAGCAUGCAGAACCGCCUCAAGACCGAAGACGCCAAAGAACGGGAGCAGAACGUCUUACGACAGCACCGAAAGGAGGAGAAGCAGAGGGUGGAGCAGGGCAAGCAGCCGUAUUUCCUCAAGCGGAAGGAGGUGAAGGAUAGGGCCUUGGUGGAGAAAUUCAAAGACAUGAAGGGCAAGGAUCGCGAGAAGCUGAUCGAGAGGAGGCGGCGGAAGGAAGGUCAGAGGGAGAAGAAGAUGAUGCCCGAGGCGAGGAGAGUUGGGGAUUGA